AUAAUUCAACCUCCUACGGUCAAUCCCAUACUUUGCAUUAGCUGUCAGUUAAUCAAAACAUAGCUAUUUCUGAAGCGCACGUUAUCGUUUUUGUUUAACCGCUGUAAAAUCGUAUGUUUUAACGUGAAUAUUUACGGAUUUAAGUUACCGAGCUGAGUAAUCGUGAUGGAUUAUGAUAUUUCAGUUUUGAAAACCCGGUUUGGUAUAUUUCCAAGUCCGUCCAAGUGAAAGUUAGUGUUGAACAUGAUAUCUGGUGCAAUUAGCUCGCCACGUGCAUAAAAGUUAGCUGCAGAUACUUGCAGAUAGAGGGUCAUAUAAAGGGUAUUGCCAGCUCAUCAGGCACUAAACAAGUAACUCGUCAAUAUCUCUACAAUCAAAUGCAACGGCAGAAUUUGAUAUCUUUGGAGGAAAAAUUAGAUUUCUUAGAAGAUAACCUGCUGUCUUGUCAUGCAUAUUCAGCUGAAUAUGUGCAAACAUUUAAGAAAAGCUUUUCUUAUUUUAAAGCACAGCUUAAGGAAAAGUGGACUAAAGCCAGAAGAAAGGAGGACGCUUUUCUAAAAGCUAACCAAUCUAGGUUAAAUGGAGCAAUCGAAAUUCCAAAUAAGUCACAUUUUCGCCCUGGCCGUCCAUUGAAAUCAUUCGAAAAGUGUAGUGAGCGAAGUAAACGUAGGAAAACGGAAGAAGUCCGUUCCAUGGUAGAAGAUACAGUUAUUAUACAUGCUGCGCAAUCCACUCUAAUAGCAAAAGGGCAGAGGGACGGCUCGCGAAUUCUGAUAGAAAUCGCAGAAUCAGCAUCACGCGCAGCAAAAUACAAAAGUGCAUACAAAGAAUCAACAAGCCCGGGGAGAGGUAAUAUAUUGACACCACAUGCAGCCUUAGCUAUGUUUGUAGAAGCAGACUUAACAAGAGAGCAAUAUGAAAUAAUUCGUAAUACAAACCCUUAUCUUUAUCCCUGUUACGAUCGCUUAUUAGAAGCUAAAAAAGAAUGUUACCAAACGCAAAUACGGGUAACUAGUUCUUACGCAGAAACUGACUUGCAAAGCCUCAUCGAUAAUACAAUUAUGCGCUUAUCAAUGUAUUUAGAGGAGGAGCUCCUCACUCUAAGCGAGAACGAAAGAAAUUCUCUUACAAUAAUAUGCAAGUGGGGAUGCGAUGGUUCCCAGCAAGCUAAAUAUAAACAAAAAAUUGAGGAUACUUCUGGUUCGGAUGCCAACAUUUUUCUUAGCUCUUUUGUGCCACGACAAAUCACCUGUGGAAACGAAAACAGAAAAAUUGUUUGGCAAAACCCUUCUCCGUCAUCUCCUAGACUCUGUAGACCGAUAAGAUUUAGGUUUAUCAAAGAAAGUAUAGACGUCACGAAAGAAGAAAUAAAUUUUGUUGAAUCCUCAGUAAACAACUUAGUUACUUCUGAAAUAGAGCUGCAAGGAAAUAAAUUUGUUUUCAUGUUACACAUGACCAAAGGAAAUUAUGGUAACACCAAUGAUGGCAAUACAAGCCGGCGAUUUUUCAAAAACCCAAAAUUGGCUGCAGAUAUCAUAGGUGUUGAUUAUAAUUUCAUUUACAGGCUUAAAAUAAUACUGGAAGCCAUAUCUAGUGGCUAUGAAAUUGAUUCUGCUACAACUGUCAGAGGAGGCUCAAGAGGCGCGCAACAAGCACUUCCGGAUGUAUCGAGAAAAUGAUGCACUGAAAUUUUCUAGUGAAGAGUGCAAUCGCGACAUAUACCACCGAUUGUUGUUAAGCUCGGACCCCUUUUCGAGCAGUAUUUCAGUUCAUCGCAGAAGAAAAAAAAAGCAUCAAAGUCGUUUAGCCCAGCCACAAUUGAGCUGCUCGUACCCUUUAAAUAUGUGGACAAAGAUGUGACAGAACACCUUAAUUCAGAAUGCGAAAACUAGUAAAUUAAUCAAUUCUGUAUAUAUUAUACAUAUCUAUUGUGCUUUUGGUGUAUUUUUAACAAAUAUAUCUGUAAAUAUUUUAUAUAAAACAAUUUUUUCAAAAUCGAUUAAGGUAACUUUUAUGCAAAUACUAGUGAAAUAUGGGCCCUAUUUUUACUUUGGGAAAGGUCAAGAUUUGUUGUAUAAAGUCAAUGUGUACCCCACAAUAAGAUACAAACAAGUGAUGACAGUUCUUGUCAUACUACAAGAAAAGGAGCUUUACUGCUAAGGUAUUUUUCAGUGUUACACAGUGUAACACAUAUACUUUUUUAAUUUAACCGAUUAGUAAAACAAAUUAUUAUAAAUUUCUAGUUAUUAAACAGUUUUAAGACGAUAUAUGCAGUCAAAUAUUUUUGGCCGCCUAAAUCUUCAUCGGAUUGUACGAAUUGUAGCUUCUAUCCGUAAAGGAAUUUUCAGGAAACAAUUUGUUCUUUUGGUGGUGUCAGUAGUGCGAUGAAGUAGCCGACGCUUCCCGCUAUGCCUAAAAAUGUGUGUUGGUCACAUUGGGUACUCUAAAGGACUGCAGUUCGUCAGUUCCUUAACCAGUUCAUUGCCUUGAUUACCAAAGUGUCCCGGCACCCACAUACGGCAAUGGCGUUUGCUCCCUAUUUAUAUUCCUGAACUACUUUUGAAGAGGUGCGAGCAGUAUCUGCAGUUUGAUUCUUCGCCACCUUUCCGAACCUUUCAGUGAACCGACUGUCGGAGGAACGUAGCCUCUGCUCGAUCGCUUUGCUUUUGUUUAAACAUGUCAUACCAUAUUUCAGCAUCAAAUCCCCACUAACAAAUUUGUGUAUGAAUUUAUAGAACUGAAUUAUAAAAAGUCGAACGCUUUUUCUUAAAAAUGGCUUUUAGUUAAUUUUUUCUGUUGUUGUUGUAGCAGCAUAAACAUUACCCAUACUUACAUACAGGGAAUGCUGCUGGAGUG